AUGAAGUACUUGAAUGCUGCUCUUCUCGUCGCUGGACUUGGUGGAUCAUUCGUUCAGGCGGGAUAUUCCACUGAAUGCACGGAUCUAACCCUCAUUGAUGCGUGGCUGAUCGGAACCUGCCCCACGGAUGAUGGCACCGGUGAAAUCUCGAGCAGUGUGUACCUUCCUAAUAAGAUAGAAAAUACCCAGGGAAAACUUGCCUGGAAAGUCGACGGCGCUUAUUGGGACUCCUGUGAAGACUGUGAACUCAUUGACAGCGGAUCCACCCUGCAAUGCUAUUGUGAUGGAACCUACUCAUCAGAGGAUGGAACGACCACCUUAAACCUGGAGACAUACAUCGCAAACUACGAUGGUCACCUCCUAUCAAACCUAACAGGCGCCAUCACCUCAAUCCCCAGCAACUCCUCCUACGCAGUACCAACCGAUUUCGAAGUCGAGCUGGAAUUAAGCAGCUUAAAUAACACCUGCUCCGCUAUCGGUGCCUAUAUCACCAUGAACGACCCCACAGACUGCUACUACCUCAAUCUUGGUGUGGAGUAUACCUGGGCGUGUGGCAAAUCGAUCGAUAAUGAGGGCUGGGAGAUUGUGGCCUUUGCGGCUGAGGAUUGCUCAGGCGAUGCGGUGGCAACUUAUACUCCUGACAAUGUUGGGACUUGUUUGACCUUUUCGACUGGGGUGCAGGCUUUCUCGAUUACUCCUUUGUGGAAUUAUGAUUAG